AAUUAAACCGAAGUCAACAGUCUCAGUCGAUCGGGUGAAGAUGAACUUGGUUCUUAUCUUGGUCUUUGGGUUACUGAGCAUUUCUAGUGGUGCUCGUAUACUGGGUGUUUUCCAAGUUCCGGCGGUUAGUCACCAUAGUGUGUUCCGAUCGUUAUGGAGAGAACUGUCCUUGAGGGGACACAACGUUACCGUAGUGACACCUUUUCCACUGAAUGACGAUUCUUUGGUGAACCUUACCGAGAUUGACGUUAGCGAUCCAAACAAGGAAAUCUUCGAGAGGCAUGGAUUCCAGUUUUUCAUGAACAAGGAGAACUAUGUCCAGAGCAAGAUUCCGAAGAUAUUUGCCCUGAAUAAUGAAAUGGCCGAAGCUGUUCUCAGCAACAAGGAGUUCAUCAAACUUUACAACAACAGUCAGCAACAGUUCGACGUGGUUAUAGCACAGACGUACGUUACUCCGGUUUUGUACAGCCUAUCAGCGAAGUUUGGGGUUCCACUCAUAGGAGUAUCUUCGAUGGGAGGCUACAUCGGCAGUCACUUCGCAAUGGGCAAUCCCCAUCCCCCAUCUUUAUACUCAGAAAUGUUUCUUCCCUACCACGGUCAGAUGACGCUUCCAGAACGAGUAAAAAGUACUCUGUACUACUUUUGGGCCAGGUUUUAUCGUACGUUCAUAGCAUUACCUAAAUGCGACGCCAUUGCUAAGAAGUACUUGGGGAAAGAUUUGCCGUAUAUAGGAGAUAUUGAGAAGAAUAUGAGUUUGCUUCUCUUGACCACCAAUCCAUUUCUUUAUACCCCAAGACCUACGGUACCGACUGUUAUCAGUUUGGAACAACUGCACAUCAAGCCUGUUAAACCACUUCCUCAGGAUUUGAAAGAGUUUUUAGAUGAGGCCAAGGAAGGAGUGAUCUAUUUCAGUUUGGGUUCAAAUGUUAAGAGUGUCAAUAUUCCUGACAGAGUGAGAGACACUUUAAUGGAGGCUUUCUCAGACUUACCAUAUACAGUUCUGUGGAAGUAUGAAUCUGAUAUUUUGAUCAACAAACCAAAGAAUGUGCACAUCAAGAAGUGGCUUCCACAACAAGAUCUGUUGGCACAUCCAAACAUCAAAAUGUUCAUCAGUCAAGGUGGUUUGCAGUCGACAGAAGAAGCAGUUUCCAGAGGUGUGCCCAUAUUGGGAAUACCUUUCAUUGCCGACCAAGAAAUGAAUAUAAAACGACUGGCUCAACUGGGAGUUGCAGUUGGGUUGGAUUUUGUCACAGUCACUAAAGAAGAAAUCCUGAAUGCUGUUAAGGAGAUUAUAGAUAAUCCCAAGUACAAACAGAAUAUGAAAAAACUACAAACACUAUGGGUGGACCAGCCCAUGACAUCCAUGGAGAGGGCGAUGUGGUGGAUCGAGUACGUCAUCAGGCAUAAAGGGACGAAACAUCUUAGAAGCCCCACCGUUGAUGUCUCUUGGAUAGAAUAUCUAUUAUUAGAUGUAUUCGCUGUGCUUAUCUCAGCAUUAGCUGUAUUCACAUUUUUAGUUAUUGCAAUAGUUAAAUUUCUUGUUAAGUGUUGCUCCAGUAAAAAGAAAUCUAAGAUUCAUUGAUUCAAAAGUAUUGGCGAAGUAUGAAAAACAACGAGAUACUUAGAAAGUAUAAUUCUGUAGUUUCAAUAUAGUAUUAUAAAAUAUUUUUUCAACACAA